GAUCGGUGGUGUGCUGCUGCCGCCUCGGAACCUGUGCCGUGGUGACACCCGUCUUCUUGCUGUCUUCUUCGAGCUCCCCGGGGCUUGACCCCCGGGGCCCUCGGCAGGCGUCUGUGAGGAGCCUGCGGAACGAACCUGUGCUCUUACACUUGCCCUUCACGACCCCAUAUCGUGACUCCAAGGCGGGGGAGCGAGAGGGGCUGUCGCGACUCCGCACCGUGUGUCUCCGGGCGGGGCCGCGGGGCCGGGGCUCCUCCAGCCCCCGGGAUGCGCGCGCGAGCCGUCGCCUCCACUUCCUUGUUGCCGCUGUCACGACUGGAGCCGCUUCUCGCCGACAGCGGGGAGCGCCAGUGCACCCGCCAGCUCCCUCGUCGAGCCCCAGGGCCGGGCGCCUCCGGGAAUGUGAGCCGCGCGGCUUGUACGCUCCUCUGGCCAUGGAUGCAUCAUAUGAUGGUACUGAGGUAACUGUUGUGAUGGAGGAAAUUGAGGAAGCCUACUGUUAUACUGCCCCUGGGCCACCCAAGAAGAAGAAAAAGUAUAAAAUACAUGGAGAAAAGGCCAAGAAACCCAGGUCUGCUUAUCUUCUGUACUAUUACGACAUCUACCUGAAAGUGCAGCAGGAGCUCCCCCACCUUCCUCAGUCUGAGAUCAAUAAGAAGAUUAGUGAAAGUUGGAGGCUUCUCAGCGUGGCCGAGAGAAGUUACUACUUGGAGAAAGCCAAACUAGAGAAAGAAGGUUUGGAUCCUAACUCUAAGCUCUCUGCACUGACUGCUGUGGUUCCGGACAUCCCAGGUUUCCGCAAGAUCCUACCCCGCUCAGAUUACAUCAUCAUCCCGAAGAGCAGCCUGCAGGAGGACCGGAGCUGCCCUCAGCUAGAGCUGUGUGUGGCUCAGAACCAGGUGUCCCCUAAAGGACCUCCGCUUGUGUCCAGCGUUGCCCCGGAGACAGUGCCCAGCCAUGCAGGCAUGGCAGAGCAGUGCCUGGCUGUGGAGGCCUUGGCUGAGGAGGUGGGAGCCCUUACCCAGCCAGGUGCUGUACAGGAGAUUGCCACCUCAGAGAUCCUCAGCCAGGAUGUGCUCCUAGAAGGGGCUUCCCUGGAGGUAGAGGAGAGCCACCAACCUUACCAGACAAGCCUGGUGAUUGAAGAAACCUUAGUGAACAGCUCACCAGACCUCUCCACUGGAAGCCUGGCUCUGCCUCACCCCCAGGUUGGGGAGAGUGUGUCAGUGGUAACAGUCAUGAGGGAUUCCAGUGAGAGUACCUCCUCUGCACCAGCCACACAAUUCAUCAUGUUGCCUGUGCCUGCCUACUCAGUUGUGGAGAACCCCACCUCCAUCAAACUGACCACUACAUACACCCGCCGGGGCCAUGGGACAUGCACCAGCCCAGGUUGUUCCUUUACAUAUGUUACCAGGCACAAACCACCUAAGUGCCCUACCUGUGGUAACUUCCUAGGAGGGAAGUGGAUCCCAAAGGAGAAGCCAGCCAAAGUCAAAGUAGAGUUGGCUCCUGGUGUCUCUUCCAGAGGCUCUGUGGUUAAAAGAAGUCAGCAGCCUGUCACCACUGAGCAAAAUUCCUCUAAGGAAAAUACCUCUAAACUGACUCUGGAGAAUUCAGAAGCUGAAACUUCUGGGAAUUGUGGUAUAGCAGUCACUAAGACGCCGGUCGUCAAAAGUGGUAUGCAGCCUGAGGUUACUCUGGGGACAACUGAGAAUGACAGUCCUGGAGCAGAUAUGCCACCAGCUGAGGGGACUAGCACCUCCAGUUCACUCCCUGCUCCUAAAAAACCUACAGGGGUUGACCUUCUCACCUCUGGGCCCAGAAAUCCAGAGCUUAAAGGCAGAGCACGGGGCAAGCCCUCAUUACUGGCUGCAGCAAGACCCAUGAGAGCAAUCCUGCCAGCCCCAGUUAAUGUGGGGCGAGGCAGCGGCUUGGGACUGCCCAGGGCUAGGCAGGCCUUUUCCCUGAGUGAUAAGACUCCCACUGUGAGGACUUGUGGCCUGAAGCCAAGCACACUGAAGCAGCUGGGCCAGCCCAUCCAGCAGCCAUCUAGCACUGGUGAGGGGAAGCUACCAAGUGGCCCAUCCAACAGGACACCUCAGGUGAAAGUUGUAGAAGUCAAGCCCGAUAUGUUUCCUCCAUAUAAGUACAGCUGCACUGUCACACUGGACUUGGGCCUGGCUACAUCAAGAGGUCGGGGAAAGUGCAAGAAUCCCUCUUGUAGCUAUGUCUACACCAACCGGCACAAACCUCGGAUCUGCCCCAGCUGUGGUUUUAACCUUGCCAAAGACCGAACUGAGAAAACCACCAAGGCUGUUGAGGCAAGCUCACCACUCCCAGAUGUGCCGAAUGCCACAGAGCCCCUGAGUGUGGCCCAGAAGGAGAUCCAGCGCCAGUCCACGCUGCAGCUGCUGCGCAAAGUCUUGCAGAUUCCCGAGAGUGAGUCAGAGCUGGCUGAGGUCUUUGCCUUGAUUCAUGAACUCAACAGCUCUCGACUUAUCCUGUCCAACGUGAGUGAGGAGACGGUGACCAUCGAGCAGACUUCCUGGUCGAAUUAUUAUGAGUUUCCAUCCACGCAGUGCCUUCUCUGUAGCAGCCCAUUAUUCAAAGGGGGACAAAACUCCCUGGCUGGGCCCCAGGAGUGCUGGCUGCUGACAGCAAGCCGGCUGCAGACAGUGACUGCCCAGGUGAAGAUGUGUCUGAACCCCCAUUGUCUGGCCCUGCACAGCUUCAUGGACAUCUACACAGGUCUCUUUAAUGUGGGAAACAAGCUGCUAGUAAGCUUGGACUUGCUUUUUGCAAUCAGAAACCAGAUCAAGCUGGGAGAGGACCCCAGGGUGUCUGUCAGUGUUGUUCUGAAGUCGGUGCAGGAGCAGACAGAGAAGACCCUGACCUCGGAGGAGCUGAAUCAGCUGCAGGAGCUACUGUGCAAUGGUUAUUGGGCUUUUGAGUGCCUCACUGUCCGAGACUACAACGACAUGAUCUGUGGUAUCUGUGGUGUGGCCCCCAAAGUGGAAAUGGCUCAGAGGAGUGAAGAGAACGUGCUGGCACUGAAGAGUGUGGAGUUCACCUGGCCUGAAUUCUUGGGCUCUAGUGAGGUAAACGUGGAGGACUUUUGGGCCACGAUGGAAACAGAGGUGAUUGAGCAGGUGGCGUUUCCUGCCAGCAUCCCUAUCACCAAGUUCGAUGCCUCUGUUAUUGCCCCUUUCUUCCCACCACUCAUGAGAGGAGCUGUGGUCGUCAACACCGAGAAAGACAAAAACCUGGAUGUGCAGCCAGUACCUGGCAGUGGCAGCGCCUUGGUGAGGCUGCUCCAGGAGGGCACCUGUAGGCUUGAGGAGAUCGGCUCCUACAGCGAGGAGGAGCUGCGGCACCUGCUGGCGCAGUGCGGCAUCCCCUUCCAGACGGAAGACUCCAAGGACCAGCUCUGCUUCUCCUUAUUGGCCCUCUACGAAUCUGUACAGAAUGGAGCCAGAGCUAGACAGCCCCCACCUCAUUUCACAGGCGGUAAAAUCUACAAGGUGUGCCCCCAUCAGGUGGUCUGUGGCUCCAAGUAUCUUGUGCGGGGUGAGAGUGCCCGAGACCACGUGGAUCUGCUAGCUUCCUCCCGCCAUUGGCCGCCUGUCUAUGUGGUAGAUAUGGCCACACCCGUGGCCCUGUGUGCGGACCUCUGCUACCCAGAGCUGACCAAGCAGAUGUGGGGGAGGAACCAGGGCUGUUUCUCUAGCCCCAUGGAGCCGCCUGUGAGCGUGUCCUGCCCGGAGCUCUUGGACCAGCAGUAUACCGUGGACAUGACAGAAGCUGAGCACUCUGUCCAGCACCCUGUCACCAAGACUGCCACACGGCGCAUUGUUCAUGCAGGACAGCCCAGCCCUGGUGACCCCAGCGCUAGGCACCACUCCUUGGCCCUGUGCCCUGAAUUGGCACCCUACGCAGCUAUCCUGGCCUCCAUCGUGGACAGCAAACCAAACAGUGUCCGCCAGCGGCCCAUUGCCUUUGACAAUGCCACCCACUAUUACCUCUAUAACCGCCUCAUGGACUUCCUCACCAGCCGUGAGAUUGUUAACCGGCAAAUCCACGACAUUGUGCAGACCUGCCAGCCCGGCGAGGUGGUCAUUCGUGACAACCUCUACCGCCUUGGGGUUGCUCAGAUCAAGACAGAGACAGAGGAGGAGGGUGAGGAAGAGGUGGCGGCCGUGGUGACAGAAUAAGCCAGGCUAUUGUACAGGACUGCACUGUCUCUCUCAAGCCAUAGUAAGACCCUUGCCUGAGGCACAGCUAUCCGGGGGACCUACUGACAUGGUCCCCUGUGGGGCCUCUGACUGCUGGGACUGACCAAAGAGCUUCCAUUUCCUGAGCAUGGUGGGGCCCAGAGUCCUUGGUUUUCACCUCUGGGGGUCAGGAGUGAUACCAGGAAACGGCUUCCUGAUCCUGAGAGAGCACUUAGGGGAUGGGGUAUGCUUAACGGAGGGGAAGGUGGUGGCUCCCCCGGGGCCUGCUGCAGGUCCAGGUGGAAGUCGGGGUGGGCUAAGGCAGGAGCCCUGGCGUGGGGUGGAAAGGUGGCUGAGGUCUCUUCUGCCCUGCGGAACCCUGGUUUCAGCCCCACAGCCUCAUGAAUUCCUUAGCCUGUUGCCUUUGACAGGGGCCUUGGUGGCCUCGUUAGUUCUAGGGGUACCCUUGGGCUCUUGAUUGUCCGCAAAGGAGGAAUGCAUUUCCCUCCUGCUCUUCCCGCGCCCACAUCUGGGGAUGCUGAGGAGGGAGGAACAGUCAGCCACAGCUGUCUUCCAGGACUGUCCUCUCUGCCCUGAGCUUUGAAGAAAAGAAUCCCCUUCCCUCCUUUCCCCGGCCACUGCUGCUGCACUUGACAUCCUCUCUGGGCCCUGGGACCCUCUCCACAGAGGGGAUGGUGGCCUGUGGUCAUGACAUAACCUAGCAGCAGUAGGAUAAACUCCCUUCUGUGAAGGGGAAGCAGACUGGGCCGUAAGGAAACAGCAGGACUGGCUCAAGUGCCCAGGGCUUGCUUAGGGCCUGGGAAUUGGCCAUGCAUUAUUUAAUUUAUUGAGAGGAGUGGAGUAGGUGGCUUUUUUCCCCUCCCUCUUCCCCUGACAAGAAUAAAAUUUAUUAAAUUA